CAGUGAAAUGCGCAGAAAGUGAAACAGAACUUUGCAGUUUUUUCCAUCGCUUCGUGACAUCACACGCGUUUUUCACUUUGCGCAAACGGCUUGAAAACCUAUUAUUCAAAAAAUCAUAAUGGCUGAAGUGAGCCGUUCCUACAAAGUGCACCAAUCGUCGGACGAGCGUUCCUGCCCUUCGGAGGACCGGAAAAGACGCAUCCGGAAGAUGAUCGAAGUAACCCGUUCGACGCGUUACACGGCCUACGUAGAAGGUGACGAGGAAAUGGCAGCGGCGGCCGGAACUGAUUUGAUUCUCCCGAGCUGUCAAAUGGCCACCCGGACGGAACAGGAUUUCACGACCACGAUGGCCGUGCUCGAUUCCAGCCUGGGCAAAUUGCCGGAAGUUAUCGGCGACGACAGGGCGCGGUUCGGGAGCAAGUGCCGCAAAAUGGCCAACCAAUUCCUCGAGCGUCUUCAAGAAAUUGAUGUGAAAGUGGAAGAAUGUGCCAAAACGGCCUCGAAGUACAAGAAGCUGGAUGGCCAGAUAAAGGUGGAGAAACGGGACAUGGUCAAAAAACUUCGAGACGUGUUGGAAACCGGUCGGAAGAAGCGGGAGAAGAGGGAAAAAUUUCUCAUGAGCCUCAUGAAGAGAAUGGCGUAAGGUAAGAGAAGUUACGCGUUCAAUUUUAAGUUUAUGUCCUUGAAUUUCAAUAUAAAAUUGUAAUUGACAGUCA